ACUACCGCCGCCAACGAACGAAGAAAGAAAACUCCAAAACUCACAAACGUCACAGAGUGACAGUGACAGUGACAGUGUUGCCAUAGCAACGAAGCGUUAAGGCGUGUUCACAAUGCAUAUAUUUUUGGUGGUCAAGAUGUGGUGCAGGAGACAGGCUGCGGCGGCUAUAUUGCCGCUGUUACUCGUUGGUUGGCUUACUGGGGAAUCCUCUGAGGCCCUCACGACGUUCGGGAAGAGUAAUACGCAAGCGCCUAAGGAUGUUGCACCGACACCGCCUCCAGCACGCGCGUGUUCCCGGCAAGCGGAAUGCGCGGGAAUCACCAGUUCGUCAUGUGUGAGGACGCACUAUGACCCAGUCACUCGAUGCCUGUGUGGGGACAAUCUGCCCCCUGUGAAUGGGCAGUGUGAGGCGCAGACGAAAACGCUCUACCACGUUUGCGCGAACAGCGACGAAUGCAACGACGGUCUCAUAUGCCUAUCGCCUAACAUCACGGGCGCUGCUCCCGCGCACAUGCGCGUGUUCAUGCCGCAGGACAAAAUCUGCCUGUGUGAUACUGAAAAUGGAUAUAAGGAGAAAGAACAUACUUGCAAUGAUGCGGACAUUUUGAACACGUCUCUCUUCGCUAUUCUCUUCGUGUCUUGUUUAAGAAAAAUUGUAUUGUAAAUAAUUUAUUAUCGAAUUGCACCUUUUUAGAAGUUUCUGUGUGAUAUGUUGCAACGCAAGCUAUUUUGUUAAAUUUUAAUCGCAUUAGUAUCGUUAUAAAAAUAUACCUUUUGUAUUAAUUACGAAUUAUCGAAUACGAAUAUAUUUUUAAUGUUAAU